CAACUUUCUUUCUCAACUCGCCUUGCACAGCAGUCAUCGUGCCAAAGAGGAAGGAAUAGGAGUGUUUACCCUGCUUUCUCCUCCCACUCAAAACUGAAUGGAAGGACUCUUUCGGAAUCGGAAAAGCAGGAGACACACUCGUUUAGCUUAGACAUUGAUUUAAUUUACCCGUCCGGUCAGCGACUUCUUUGUUGUGUUUUUUUUAAGGAUACUCAUGCGUCGGGAAUGCCACCAUGGCCACGCCGAACAGUCUACAGCAGCAGCAGGAUUACUUCAGAAGCGUCAGCAGCGAAUCCACCACGUAUAUGAUGGUCCCGGCCACGACGGCAGCGGCAAACACGCGUCGCGAUGCCGCGCCGUCCAAGAUGUGGGUCGCUAUGGUGGUGAUUGUGGUGGUCGUUCUACAGAUUGCUUCUACUACAGGUCUGUUCGUCUACCUGAAUAUGUCGAUAUCACAGGUGCGUAGCCAGGGCGUGACAGAGGAGCUGAAGUGCCUCAGUCUGCUGAAUGCUCUGGAUAAAGACCAGGACAUCCCAGAAGACCUGGCUCAGCUGUUUGGAGAACCCUGCAUCAAGCUGGCAGAGGGCAUCAAGGCCUACAUCUCAAAGGUAACCGAGAACAUAAUCUCCAAGCAGACGUUUCAGGAAGCGAGAACGUUACCGCGCACCUUCAACACUUCCGGGUCAAAGUUUGCGACCUCUGUGACCCAGCGUCCAUCAGCCCACCUGACCCUCAGAGACAGCAGUGCUCAAGGGUCUCCUUCGUACCUCACCCCCCAGCCUGACCUCCACCAAUCAUGUCGCCACGCCAUCCGUUCCUGGGCCAAUCAGAGCUUUGGAGCCCAUCUUCACAACAUGACCUUAGCCAAUGGGAGGCUGCGUGUGCCCCAGGAUGGGCGGUACUACCUGUACUCACAGGUGUACUUCCGCUACCCAUCCCUUAAUGAAGGGGACCAACAUACAACCAGUCACCAGCUGGUCCAGUGUGUAUACAAGAAGACGUCCUACCUGAGACCCAUCCAGCUGCUGAAGGGUGUAGGAACCAAGUGCUGGGCCCCAGACGCGGAGUACGCCCUCCACUCUGUGUACCAGGGAGGGCUGUUUGAGCUCAGGGCCGGGGAUGAACUCUUUGUCUCUGUCUCGUCCCCCUCCAUGGUCCAUGCGGAGGAUUCAUCAAGUUAUUUUGGGGCAUUCCGUUUGGACCUGUAAAGAUGGAUGGAAAGGAGAGGGUGGUAAACCACCAGAAGAGGGUGGUAAACCACGAGGAGAGGGGGGUGGGUGGGAUAAAAAGGAAAGGUGGAGGAAAGGAGGACAGGUUCAGGA